AUGUCCAAUCCCAGCCACUACACUGUGGGUUGGAUCUGCGCCCUCACUUGCGAGUAUGUCGCUGCACAAGAGUUCCUCGACGAGGAGCAUGAUCCGCCACAUUCGUUGCAGCCUAACGACACCAAUGAUUACACUCUCGGUCGGAUUGGGCGACACAAUAUCGUCGUAGCCGUUCUCCCAGACGGUGAAUACGGAACAGCCACGGCAGCUAGCGUGGCCAGGGGCAUGCUCAAUAGUUUUCCCAAUGUCAGGAUUGGGUUGAUGGUCGGCAUCGGCGGCGGCGCUCCCAGUCCCACGAACGAUAUCCGUCUUGGCGAUAUCGUCGUCAGCGCACCACGCGUGGCCAACGGUGUCACGUAUGGCGGCGUGUUUGAAUACGACUUUGGAAAGACUAUUCAAGACCAGGAAUUCCAGGUAACACGGUUUUUGAACCAGCCACCCCCUACUCUGCGUGCCGCAGUCCGGGGCCUCGAAGCUUGGUACACGAGGAAGGGCCAUCAGCUCGGACAAGCUGUUAGCGACGUCAUCAGCAAGAACCCCAUGCUGCAAGACAAAUACUCACGACCGCAUUCAAGUACGGAUGUCUUGUUUCGAUCCAACUUCACCCACGACUCAAGAGGUUGUGCAGAAUUCUGUUCGAAAGAUCCAUCAAGCCUAGAGUCACGACCUCAAAGGACUAUCUAUCACGAGAAACCAUACAUUCAUCACGGUACCAUCGCGUCAGCGAACCAAUUGAUGAGGGACGCCACUAUACGGGAUAGACUGGCGAAGGACAGGAAUGUCUUGUGUUUUGAGAUGGAGGCAGCAGGGCUGAUGAACAUCUUCCCUUGCCUCGUCAUCCGAGGCAUAUGCGACUACUCAGACUCGCAUAAGAACAAGAGCUGGCAAGGAUAUGCAGCUAUGGUUGCGGCUGCAUACGCUAAAGAUCUUCUCAAUCGCAUCGUUCCAAGUAGAAUCGAGAAUGAGCAGAGAAUGAGCGAGAUGCUCUCAACUACACUUCAUGCGGUUGAAAACACUGGGGAAACUGUCGGCGUCAUCAAGUCACGCUCAGACAGGGAAAAGGAGCUCGAGAUGUUAAACUGGCUGACGGCCAUCGACUACGGCCCACAACAGAGUGACAUUUUCAGAAGACACCAGCCCGGAACCGUACAAUGGGUGUUGGAUUCCCAUCAAUUUCAACAAUGGAUCGCCACCAGAGGCAAAACAUUGUUUUGCCCAGGAAUUCCUGGAGCAGGCAAGACAAUCGUGGCAUCCGUUGUCAUUAGCCAUCUAAUCGAGAAGCUGCGAGAAGACCCAAGCAGUGGGCUUGCGUAUAUAUACUGUGAUUUCAGAAGAAAGAAAGAGCAAACAGUCCAACAUUUUGCUUCGAGCAUGUUAAAACAACUUGCAGAGAAACACCCUACGCUACCAGACCCUGUGCAGCGGCUCCACGAAUAUCAUGUAAGGCAACGAACCAGACCCUCUCUGGGUGAACUACUCGAAUCUCUCCACCGCAUCACGGAGCCUUUUUCUCGUGUUUUCAUCGUUGUUGACGCCCUUGACGAGUGCCAAGAAUCCGACAACUGCCUAUCAACGUUCCUCUCAGGGCUCUUUGAUCUUCAACAGAAACUUGAAAUCAACAUCUUUGCAACAACCAGACCUCUCGGGCAUAUCAAAUCGAGAUUUGAAAAGGCCAUCACAAUGGAGAUCCGCGCCCAGAGUGAUGACGUAAGAAAGUACGUGAACGGCAGGCUGGGAGAAUUACCAAGGAUUGUUCAAAGAGACCCAGAACUUCAAGAAGCUGUCAUAGGCACCAUAUCUCGGGCCGUCGAUGGAAUGUUCCUCCUCGCCCAAUUGCAUUUUGAAUCAUUGAUAGGAAAGAUGACGGCUAAAGUCAUUCGAACAACUCUAGAAUCCCUGCCGACUGGCUCCAAAGCGUACGAUAGUGCAUACGAGGAAGCCAUGAAUCGUGUCCAGGAUCAGAACAAAGACAAGCGAGAUAUGGCUCAAAAGGCUCUGCUCUGGAUCACCUGCGCCAAGGAACGACUUACAAAACCCGAGCUCCAAGAAGCCCUGGCGGUCGAACCCGGCGAAACAAAUCUCGAUCAAGACAACCUACCCAACAUGGAAGAUGUGGCGUCCGUUUGCGCUGGACUCAUUACCGUUGAUGAGGAGAGCGACGUUGUGCGACUAGUUCACUAUACGGCACAGGACUUUUUCGAAAGAACGCGGCGGGACUGGUUCAAAGACGCGGAAUCUCACAUUGCUGAGGUUUGCCUUACCUAUCUUUUAUUCAAACGGCUCCAAGGAGGGAGGGAUGACAAAGAAUGGCAAUCUAAGAUCCCGUUGCAACGUUACGCGGCAAGAAACUGGGGACAUCACGUACGUGAUGCUUCACUUCAAAAGCACCGUCAGGUGAUUGCAUUUUUGGAAAGCGGCGACUCUUUACAAGCAUCUGUAAGACCUUUCAGUGAAACAUGGGGCUUCCCAGUCACGACAGGACUUCAUCUUGCUACGUACUUUGGACUAGACGAAACAGUCGAGGCCUUGCUGCAACGAGGCCAUGACCCAAACGUCAUAUCCGGAAAUUCUUACGUGCCGUUGAUUUCCGCGAUUCAACAUGGCCACGACAAGGUCGCCAAGGUCCUCCUAUCUGGCCAAGCCAACCCGAACCUUCCAGAUCGCCAAGGAAAGACUCCCCUCUGGUGGGCCGUAUAUGAAGGUUACAACGACAUCGUAAAACUGCUGAUGGAAAAGGGUGCGAAUCCGCACCACCGAGACCAGAUUGGAAGAACAGCUCUCGGGGUGGCUUGCCAACGUGGCCACACGUCUGUGGUGGAAGCGCUACUUCCUGGCGCCCAGAUUGACUUUCGAUGCCUGAGGUUGGCUACUCUUGCCAUGCCGCUAUUGAGUGCGGUUGGCCACGGUCACGUUGGCGUCGUCGAGGUUCUCCUGAACAAAGGUGCCGCCGCAGGCCUAGGACCUUACUGGUCUCAAAUAGUACUAUCCCGUGCGGUCAAAACCGGCCACCCCAAACUUGUUCAGCUGCUGCUACGUAGGCGCGCUAAUUCUCACCAAUGUCGUAUCUCCUUGCAAUUACCUGUCAAAAUUGCGACUAAGAGAGGCUACGCUGACAUUAUCGAGAUGUUGCUGGCAGAGGGUGCUGAUCCGAAUGAUGUGGACUACUGGAAGAAUCGUAUUUAG